CCAAGGGGCGGGCGGGCAGCGGAGGAAUGGCGGUGUGGGUGCGAACGUGUGCAUCGCGACUUCUCGUCGCUUGUGCCGAGGCCAGCUUCGUGCAGAUCGAGUCAGCGGGUUUGAUUUUCGAUUUUGCCGUUGGCGGCGAACGAGAGGAGGAUCGGCGGCCCGACCGUACCCGCGAUGGUGAGGAGUGGUUUCAGGGUUCGACGAACGAAUGUGGAGUUGGAAACCACUCCCAAAACAGCCCCAUCGAGAAUCCCAACCCCCACGCCUGCGUUACUCGUACAGUCAGUAACCGCCACUGACUUAAUCUCGUGAGGUCGCACUGCAAUCUCCAUCAUGUCCCGCAGCGAGGCCCGCCCUAACUACCCCGGAAUCCCACAGUCCCACGUCAAAAACGAAUGACGAGUACUCAUCUCCUCCCUCAAGCAUAUCUCCCUCCAGAACCUCCCUCAAACUAUCCCCCAACUGCAGCGGGCUGCUCGACAGCGAAGGGAGUACAUCGUUGGCGGUAAUUUGAGUGUGCGCAGAUGGUGGUGAUUCGGGGCAAGGUGAGCGCAAGGGACAGCGAUAGCGGCAGCUGCCACAGCAUUGCUGAUGCCGAUGUGACGACAAGCACGGCCGUUCCGGUUCCCGUUUGCCCUGAGGGUGGACCGAUGAAGGAACCUGUGGCGAGCUCAAGGGUCGUGUGCUAGAGGUCUACGCACAAGCUACGACCCAACCAGCUGCGUUCAGCCCCAAGGUGAUCCAAAGCUGGCUGGGCCGCAGCUUCUGUCCCAAAGCAGCCCAAUCCCAGGGAAAUGGUGAUGAGCUGAGAAGGGUGAGGGGUUUGAUGCGGGAAGAAGGCGAUCGCUGCAAUCGGAAGGAUGAUUUUGACCGCAUCACAAAGGCGAGAAGAAGAUUUUCCUUGCCAUGUCCACUGUAACUGGAGAGGAAUCCGAGUAAGUUAAUGGAAGAGAUGAAGGCAGCCGCGGAGCCGCAGAUCCCAGCCCCAAGCGAACAACUUAGGCCAAAUGAAUCUGUUCCAACGGAAUGGCGGUCGCGGCGAUGGCGACGCGGUAGCGCGGUAGCCUUACUGUACAGUAGGCUGCCAAAUAUUGUAGACCGUCAAGUGGUGGGCUGUGGCGGCCUCCACGAAAGAGGUGCCGCGGCGGGAAAGGUUAUUG